AUGGUCCCUCCGAAACCAUUCCAGAUACUCCGUCUCCCAUUUGUUCCUCUUCAAGAAGUUCUCAGAGCGAUGGACCCAUUUGAAUUAAUCAACUUCUCAAUGAUUUCCAAACGAGCAAAAGCGGUAACAAAGCAGAUCACCUUUUAUUCAACGUACUCAAUUCAACUUAGUAUUGAUGAUCAAUUUGAACUUUGGGUGGUUGUGCCUCGCUAUAUGACAUCGUGCUUUUACAAAUUCACAUCAAAUGUAGAAAUGAAUGGAAAAGUUAAGAAAAUUGACUGGAAUGAUAGAAAUGAGCUAUUCACAUGGAAGUACUCGGAUAAACCAGGAGAGGAAUGGAAACAGUUGUGUAAACAUGUAUUGGAAAUAUUUAAGAAGAGGACAAUCGAUGUUUUAUUAAUGACUAUGGAUUCAGUUGUAGAUCAAAACGUUUGGAUUAUUGAUUUUUUGAAGAGUAAUGCGAAAUCAGUGAGCGAAUGCGAUCUGUUUCAGUCUAAACAAAAUAAUGACGUGGAAGAGGACGCCGCAUAUUUUCUGAAUAAUAUCACAAUUAAUUCCAAAUUAUUUUUUAAGUUGAACAUUAAGAACGAAAAUUUUCAUGGGAAAAUUCCAAAAAAUCUAGAGGAAUUAAAUAUCCGAAACUCCCAAUGGAUCGGAUAUGACAAACUAUUGAAAAUAGAUUGUAAGAGUGUGAUUCUUAACAGGAAUCGAAUUUCGGAUGAUCAAUGGAAUUUAUUCAUCAAGAAAUGGAUAGCAAUGGAGACUCAUUCGAAUCUGGAAUUAUUGGAACUCGAUUACAGAGAGCUAGACAACUUCAGAGAUUGUGUGUUGCAUGAUAUUCCACUUGAAGAAAUUGAUGGAGGAAUCAAACGAGUAUUGAAAACUUGUCGUGAUAAAAAUAUAGAAAUAAACGGAGGAAUCGACAUAAGGCGAAUCGAUGGAAAGACAGCAACAUUCUUCGCGAAACGUACAUUUUGGAAGCAAUAUCUUGCGAUGAGUAUUCAUUGA